AUGUCCACCAUUUCUCUUCCAGGGCCUUGCCUUGCUUUAGAAGUGAGAGAACUCCUAUCAGCUCGUAUUGGUGUUGAUGUGAGUUCAAUUGAGCUCUACAUUAGGGGAGAUAAAGGCUUAGUCGCUGUCCCAGAUGAGCUAUGGGGGACCCGUGAGUACUAUGUUUUGCUGAGAUUUCGUGGUAGCAAAGGUGGAUUUCGAAAGCAGCUCGAGAAGAAAGGAAGAGCUUACGCAAGAGCGAGGAGACUACGAGAGUCGAAUCAGUCGAAUGCUCGACCACAGAAGGUUCAGAACGCAGGAGGGACUUCAGAGAAGAGCAUCGAACGCAAAGGGACUGAGACAACUGUGAGGGAGCCCAAAGGCGAGGAUAAAAUUCAGCCAAAUGCCGUUCUUAAUAACACUAUCAGGAAUGCUGUUCGUUUGGGUGUCAAACGAACUCUUGAGAGUUUGGCUGAUAAUGACCAAUGA